GCCUCCAGGUACAGGCCCGCAGACGCUUCCAAGAGGGCCCUGAACAAUUUCGCUUUGCAGCUGAUUCGCACAUUCCGUGUAGAGAUAGGAAACCAGACCGUGGCGCCUGACUGGGCGACCAGCAUGCAGCAAGAAAUCAUCGAGGCCCACCGUAAGAAGUUUCAGCCUAUCAAAAAGGAUCUCACAGAAAAGCAGGAGAACAUGGAGGGUCACGUGAAGCAGUUCCGCCUCACCCACCCCAUAAACCAUAAGAUGCAAAUCCUAGUUGACCCCGGGCACCUGACGGAGGUCUUGAACUAUUUCCGAGAGGCUCUCCGAGAUCAUGGUAUCAAUUUCAACGGCAGGGAGUUGUGGGCCACGGAGGAGCGACACCCAUCCGUUCAGAAACAGUACGCGUCCAAAGGCAAACUCAAUGACUUCGUGGAGGAAUCCGCGGACGCGUCUGCGCAGGUGAAGGUUUUAUGGGGCCCCGAGUUCGAGGUGAGCCUCGAGAUCGAGGAGAACGGCAACAAGACCCAGACUAUCGUUGGACACGUGCUCCAAGGACGCCCGCCCGAUGGCCGGGGCGCGCUGCGACAUUUCAGCCGGGUGUUCACAUGCGCGUUGACCGCGGCGGGGACGGCUAAGGCAGACACGGCCUGGAGUUUUGGGAUUUCCUGCAAGCUUGCGCGCGUCUCCGUCGAGGCGCUGGACCUGACGGUGCCCCUCCGGAGGAGUCUGCGGGUAGGCUAUCGGUCGGCUUGCGGCUCCGAGGGGGUCCGGAGCGCUAAGGUCAUCGCGGGCGCCGCGAAGGUCAGCGCUGGGCGCGCGAAGCUCAUGCGCUGGAGAAUAGUCGCGCCGCAGAUGAACUGGGCGAUCGACAGGGUCGCGCGCAGGCGCUCGGCCGUGCUGUUCUUUGCGCGGGCCACAAUGAGUAUUUCCAUUCGCUGCUGGCCCUCCGCAGUGAAGACCUGCCCCUGCCCGCGCUUCCUUAAGGGCGCGCAGCUCAUCAUCGCCAGCACCUGCAUCGCUUCCGCCUGCGUCACUGCCAGCAUCACUGCCAGCAUCUUCUUCAGCACUCUGGAUGGUGGCGCGCAUAGCCACGAACGCCUCCCACAGGCCUGCAGGCAUGUUGUGCCCACCUGCCCAGGCCGCGGGCUCGUCCGCCGACUUGGCGGCAAAGUCGGGCGGCUUCGCCACCAUGGGCGCUCGACCAGCAUCGCCCGCAGCGCGGGCAUCUCCAGCGGGGCCAGCGGCGCCGGCGGGGCGGGCGGGAGCGGCGGCCGCGCGCGCCGCGGCUGCAGCAGUGGGGGGCGCAGCCCGCUGCUGGCGCAGGGGCUCGGACUGCAUGGCCUGGUCGGCGCCGCGCUGGGCCUGCUGGGCGCCGCACUGCUCCUCCCCAGCAGUUCGCAGGGCCUCGCGAGCCUCCUCGAGCUGCUCGCGGAUCUUCUGGGUCUUGGUACGCUUCUGCUCAACCUCCCGGCGCGCCAGCCGAACCUGUCGGGCCGCAUCCCCCACCACUUUGGCUUGGCGGGGCCGCUCGAUGUGCGCCGCAGUGUCGAGCUGCGAGGGGGCGGGGGCCAGCGCUCGGGGCGCAGGCGGCGCUGCCAGGUCGCCGAGGGAAGCUUGGAGCUCAGGACGCGCCGCCAACAGAGUGGCCGCGGCAGCACGAAGCUGCUCAGCAUGGUGAUCAG